AUGGGUCUUUUAACAAACCUUCAUAGGAAGGUUAUUGCUAUGGGACUAGUUCCUAAAUUUCUAAAACAACUACCAAAGGUAGCGAAACUUUUGAUGCUAAUAAGUUUGAUUAUGAUUGCUAUCAUUCCAAUGGAUGGUCAAUACAGAAGAACAUAUAUCUCAGAGAAUGCAUUAAUGCCAUCUCAAGCAUACAGUUAUUUCAGAGAGUCUGAAUGGAACAUUGUAAGAGGAUACCGUUCUCAAAUCGAAGAAUUUUUUAAGAACAAUGUAACAGCACAAGAAAGAAAUCUAGAAGUUGAGUCAUGGUUACAAGAUUUUGGUAUUAAAACUAGUAUUUAUCACAAUGAAGUACAUCAAGAUACAUUGUAUGGUAUAUUACAUACACCAAGAGGUGAUGGUACCGAAGCCAUAGUACUAUCCAUACCUUGGUAUAAUGGAGAUGGUGAAUUUAAUGUAGGAGGUGCUGCUCUUGGUAUUGGUUUACUAAGAUACUUUUCACGUUGGCCGGUGUGGUCGAAGAACAUAAUUAUUGUUUUUAGUGAGAAUCCAAGAGAUUCUUUGAGAGCGUGGGUUGAAGCCUACCACACCUCGUUAGAUUUGACUGGUGGCUCUAUCGAAGCUGCCAUCAAUAUCGAUUAUGCAAGUAAUAGUGACUUCUUGGAUUACGUUGAGAUAUAUUAUGAUGGUCUAAAUGGUGAACUUCCAAAUUUGGAUCUUUUAAAUGUCGCAAUAAAAAUAACUCAACAUGAAGGUAUGAAAGUAUCAUUAAAUGGUCAACCUAAAGAUACAAUUGAUGAUAAUGGGUAUUUCCCAAGAUUAAGGACAAUGCUACUAGGUAUCAGAGACUCAACAUUCGCAGGUGUCAAGAAAACACACGGGAACGAAGCUUUUAGCGGAUGGAGAAUCCAGGCUGUUACAUUGAAGGCAUGUGGUGAUGAAGGGAAUAUCGAUAUAACUACGUUUGGCCGUGUUCCAGAAGCUAUAUUCAGGGCUGUAAACAACUUACUAGAGAAAUUUCAUCAAUCUUUCUUCUUCUAUUUAAUAUUAGCCCCCAAAAAUUUUGUUUCUAUUAGUAGUUACUUACCAAGUGCCGUCAUCAUAUCGGUCGUCUACGCUACAUUUUCUUUAGAUGCCCUUGUCAACACUCCAUUUGGCUCUCCUAUAUUUUUUAAUAAAGAAAGUUUAGUAUCAUUAGUGAUAUUAUCUAUUACAUUAGUGGCCUCAUAUCUCCUAUCGCAAUUAUUUAUUUAUGCGACAAAACCAGAAUUAUUAAUUGGGUUUAACAUAUUACUGACGUUAAUACCAUUUUUAAUCAAGAAACCUCUAUCUUUCUUCAUAGAACCAUUAACUUACAGAAUUAGAGUUUUCGGCUACUUAUAUAUGAGUUUAGCGUUGACAUCCUUAUUAGUCAUCAAUUUCCCAUUAGCAUUUAUGAUGGGUAUUCUUUCAUUCCCUAUGACCUUGGUUCAAACAGAACAAUCUAAAGUUCUAUCGAACAAGUCAACAGCCCUCAAAAAUAUGUUAUGCAUAACGCUCUCAAAUCCAUUCAUCUCAAUAUUGAUAAUUUCUAACAUCGUUGACUCUGAAUUACAAUAUUUGGAUGUAUUUUACGGUUUGAUUUCGGCAUGGAAGGACCUAAGUUGUUGGACUUGGUUCGUAAUAUGUAUAGGUUGGUUCCCUGCAUGGUUACUAAUCACAAUGUCUACUGUCAGGAGCUCACGUGUAAAUACGGUAAACACCUCCAAAAAGCAACAAUAA